CGCUUCUGCCCCUGCUAUGCUUGCCGCCCACCCAGCACAGCCAGCCACUACCGGCAGAGCAGCUACUUAACCACGCCACCCAUCCAAGCAAACCACUCCCGUCCUCUCUUUCACACACCAGACAACUCUCUCGGUUCCUUCGCCAUGGCAGCAGCUUCUUCCACCACGGGGAGCUUGGACCACCACGCCGCCGGGUUCACCUUCACGCCGCCGCCCUUCAUCACCUCCUUCACCGACCUGCUCUCCGGCUCGCCCAGGACCGGGGUGCCCAAGUUCAAGUCCGCGCAGCCGCCCAGCCUGCCCAUAUCGCCCUCGCACUUGUCCUCCUACUUCUCCAUCCCCGCCGGCCUGCUCGACUCCCCCGUCCUCCUCGACUACUCCAACAUUCUGGCGUCUCCGACCACCGGCGCGAUCCCGGCCUCGCAGCAGAGCUACGACUGGAAGAAGGCCUCUCAGCCAGAGGAGAGCCGUGGCAGCUUCGCUGACUUCUCCUUCCAAGCCGUCGACACCAACGCCCAAACAAAUUCUUUCCCUUCCUUCAAGGAGCAGCAGCAGCAGCAGGUGAGCAAGAGCGUCGUCCCGGCGAGCAACAGCAACAACAAGAGCAACAAGCAGCAGCUGGAGGACGGGUACAACUGGAGGAAGUACGGGCAGAAGCAGGUGAAGGGGAGCGAGGACCCGCGGAGCUACUACAAGUGCACCCACGCCGGCUGCUCCAUGAAGAAGAAGGUCGAGCGCUCCCUCGCCGACGGCCGCGUCACCCAGAUCGUCUACAAGGGCGCCCACGACCACCCCAAGCCCCUCUCCACCCGCCGCAACAACUCCUCCUCCUCCUCCGUUACCGUCGCCGCCGAUCAUCAGCCGGAACACUCCGCCGCGACGCCCGAGAACUCCUCCGUCACGUUCGGGGACGACGACGAAGCCGCCGCCGACAACGGGGCGGCGUCGCACCGGAGCGACGGCGCCGAGCCCGAACCCAAGCGCUGGAAGGAGGAUGCCGAUAACAACGAGGGCAGCAGCUCCGGCGGCGGCAAGCCGGUGCGCGAGCCGAGGCUGGUGGUGCAGACGCUGAGCGACAUCGACAUCCUGGACGACGGCUUCCGGUGGAGGAAGUACGGGCAGAAGGUCGUCAAGGGGAACCCCAACCCGAGGAGCUACUACAAGUGCACGACGCCGGGAUGCCCGGUGCGGAAGCACGUGGAGCGGGCGUCGCACGACGCCCGCGCCGUCAUCACCACCUACGAAGGGAAGCACAACCACGACGUGCCGCUCGGCCGCGGCGCCGCCCGGCCGCCGGCGGUGGCGGCGUCCUCUUCCUCCUCCGACGGCGCCAUGAUGAUCCGGACUUCUGCUGCCGCCGGACACGGACACGGACACGGACAACAACGGGGUGUCCCCUAUACACUGGAGAUGCUCGCCAAGGACGAGCCCAGGGACGACUUGUUCGUCGACUCGCUCCUUCUCUGCUAGCUGAAACAAAGCAUGUGGACUAUGGCCGUGAUUUACGUGUAUACGCGGCCGUAGCGUGUACGUCUACGUACGCCUGGCUUGUAUAAUACGUAGGAGUACGAUAUUUUGUUGCAUACACACACGUGCAUACGUAGAUAUAUAUACAUGGAAGUAUACUACUGGUAGGUGCUAGUUAGCAACUGAGAUGGAUUAUUUUGUUGUUUAUUCGUUGAAUCAGGCUUCUGAGACUACUGUGUGUACACGUAGUCGUAGAGCUAGCUUGUGCCUCCGUACUUGGCUAGAGAAGGCAAAGUCAAUAAGACUCAUCAACUAUGUUUUUUUUUUCUUCUA